AUGAAAGAGCAAAGAUACGCGGCAAUCAGAUUAUAUAAAGAGCUUCAUAGAAUAGGUAGAGAUUAUCCAAACCCGAAGUAUGAGUUCCAUCGGAAGCUGAGAGGGAUGUUUGAGAAGAAUAGACAUCUCACAGAUCCAGUAGAAAUAGACAAGAAACUCGCAUUUGGGGAGUACAUCAAGAAAGAGACUUUAUCACUCAUUUCACUAUCAAAGUAUAGAGAAAUGAAAAGGCGUUAUGGCGGAGACACAUAG